AUGAUUGUUCAAGCGUUGUACAUAUAUAUUGCAUAUGUGUUAUCGAAAGUUAUACCGGCUGUUUAUCAAUACAUUUAUUCAAGAUGCAGAAAUCAUCAGGUGUGGGAUGACAUCAAAGGAAGAUAUGUCCUGAUAAACGAUGCAACUGGAAGCAUCGGAGCAGCACUGGCAUUAGAAUUUGCAAAAAGAGGCAUGAAAAUAGUGCUUGUUGGAAAGAAUGAAUUGAAACUGGUAAAGCUUCAUUUGAAUAUAAGCCAGAUUACUGAAUGCCACAUGCAUAUCGUUGACUACAACAAGAAGAGUAAUUUUGAAUUUAUAGAUCAAUAUGACAUCCGGGUUCUAGUCAAUUGUGUUGGUACAGCAAAUAACAGCCCUGGAUACUUUGUGGAGCAUCCUUUUGAAGAGAUCAUGAGAGCCAAUUUGCAAGGGCCUGUGCUGUUGAUGAAGCAAAUUAUUGCCAACAUGAUGGAGAAUGGACGUGGGUAUGUCCUAAGCGUAGGAUCAUUGAUGGAAAAUGUACCUAGUCCGUUGUAUUCAUCGUAUGGAUGUUCAAAGGCAGGCUUGAUAUCGCUUUCUAAUUCGCUUUAUUAUGAGUUGGAAGAAUGUGGGAUUAAUGUAGAAUAUGCAUACUUUGGUUACAUGUGCCAGGGUGUAAGUGGGCAGGAUAACUCCUCUGUACUUAGACCAUCGCCAAUUGUGCUUGCAUGCUCGAUCCUUGAUAUGUUUGGAUCUGGAAAGUCAUGUAUUCCUUACUUACCGCACUUUCUUGUGUAUCUUAUGAUCAUUUGUAUUCCUUCUCCGCUCCUUAAUAGACUCAUAUUCUUCAGCAACAGGCAGAGGAUGAUUGACGAGAGGAAGCGAAUGGCAAAUUAUUAUAAAAAUCACUAG